AUGAUUCAGGGCUCUUGUAUAAGGCUUCUGAUUAUAAUCAGUGUGGCACUACAGAUCAUCCAUUUGGGAAACAGUUAUCAACAGAAACAUAAGGGAGGUAAAGAAGCAAUCAACAAUGCUACAACCCAGAAGCCUGAGCAAGAAACUCUCAACUGGACCUUAAACAACUUUAGUGAAGUGAAUGGAAGCUCAGAGGGCUGGAGGCAGCCUCCAGAGAGUCCUCUUCAGAUCCAGGAUAACCUGGAGGGAGGGACGCAGGGCUCACGCUUGACCCCCAUAGGUGUGGCUCCGCAGUCUCGCUGCUGCAUGAAUGGCGGAACUUGUGUCUUGGGCAGUUUCUGCGCGUGUCCUCGCCACUUCACCGGCCGCCAAUGCGAGCACGACCUGAGGCGCAGUGAAUGCGGUGCGCUAGCACACGGAACAUGGACUGUACGAAGCUGCCGUCUCUGCAGGUGUGUCUAUGGCGCCCUAUACUGCCUUGCCCGCCAGACUCAAGGACUCUGUGGGAGAAAAAGCUCCUACCCCCCAGGAAACAAGUGUGAUCAAAAGGACCAAAAGCAGAAGUGGUAUAAAAGCAGUGACAAAAACCACCACUCCAAAACAAAAAUAAAACAAUAG